AUGUCUCCACUGCCAAUUUUCUUCAGGGUGCCGCACCCGCAAGGCCCUGUCCUUGUUCGCGUGACGGCCAGAUCUUCCACCAAGUCGCGCCCCCUAGACCUCGAGUUGAGGGCCACAGACGAUGUGCGCGCCUUUGUGCUCCCACUGCAACACGGCAAGAUCUCACGCUACAAGACCGAGGACACGACAGACGAGGAAUGGGAGUCCUGCCUGACGUCCCUGCUCCUGGGAACCCAGCCGAUCGCCAAUUUUCACGUUGCCGCGCAGUUCACUGACGAAAAUCUGGGAAUCGAGAUUGGGAACAGAGUUUCCGGAGCCACGGUUAUCGCCGGCACUCUUGUUCUGAGACUCAGCAAGUCUGGCACCAAGAAUGCAGAUAUGUUCGACUGGGCCAAUGAGGCCGUGCUGCGGCAGGCUCAGCUGGCCGAGGAGCUGGCCGCGCUGAAGCUCAAUCAUGACAAGCUCGAGAGGCGCGUUACCGAGGAGACGGCGCACUUCAAAGCGCUCGAGCGUACUAGAACUCAGUUUGAGUCAGAGCACGACUCAUUCUUCAGGGAUCUCUUGAACGAGAAGAAACUAAAAAUUCGCACACAGGAACAGAUCUUGUCCACAGCACGCGUAGAUGAGGCGAAGCUUGCAGCCCUCAAGGCCAAGGCGAGAUCAGACAAAUCGGAAGUCGCCUCGAGGCAUCCGGAUGCUGUUGGGUCUUCCAGAAAGGGCAAGCGGAAGGCUGAGUCUGCCGCUGACGACACCGACGACGAUGACAUUGACGAGAUGGACGUCGACGAGCAGUCGGUCAGUCCGGGCGAGGAGCUGUCUGAUGUUGAGCAGACGACUGAAGACGAGGAGACGGCCAGUGAGCCUGAGCCCGAGCCCAAGCCGAAGUCUAAGAAUCCUUCUCGCUCAUCGGCCGGCAAGAAGGCUGGGCAAGGCUCUUCGCCCUCAGCAUCCAAGGCUACCACGAAGUCUAACAAGCCGCCCAGCUCAAACCUGCGCGGCAAGUCCCCCGUAGUUGCGGCUGAUGAUGAAAAUGAGGAGAUGCCCGCGCCGAGGGCACUGCCCUUCGGUAGAAAGCCGAAACCUGUUCCGGACCCAGCGGACGACGAGUCGACGGCUUCGGAGAGUUAA